UAUAUAACAUGUGCUGAGAGCUGGUACACACUACUCGGCCAAUGCGUGCAGCAGGCAGCGUAGCAGGCGUCGUCGUAGUCGUCGUGUUAUAGUGGCUCAAGCCAAAAGAGAGAAUCGCUGCUAACGCCAGGCAAGGCAAGGCAAGGCAAGGCAGCGGACGCACGCGCCAGUUUAGGCCAGCGUGCGCGGAUAAUACACUGUAUUCGGUUUUUUUUUUCGCGUAUUCGCCUUCGUUUUUCCUUUUAUCUCUCUACUAAUAUCUCGCGCUCUCGCUCACUCUCCGUGUCUAUUUUUUAUUGUUGACGUGUUAAACAAAAAAAAAAGAAAAGAAGGAAACAUCCCCCGUUGCUGCUGCUUCGUUUAUCGUCACAGUGUAUGAUAUUCUUGCGUUGUUGUUGUUGUUGCCAUUAUCAUUGUCAUAGUGUGUGGUGGAGAAAAACCAAGUCGAGAGCGACUUGCCUGUCCGAUAUAAUACAGCAGCGUUGUGUAUAGUUAGUGUGUGCGUGAGUGCGUGCAAAAAUCGUCCUGCGUGUUUGUGUGUGUGUCACACUGUAUAUAGUCUGCUCUCCCUGCUGUCCUGCUACUGCUGAGUGCUAGUUUAUACCUCGUCAGUCCCUGCGUGCGCUACACAGUACACAAGUGAUGAACAGUGCGAAUACAGUGUAAUUUUGUGCGUACAUCGCGCAAUCGGGGCACUCCGGAGUGCGUUCGGGCGCGCAUCAUGCAUCAAUAGAAUUGCGUGCGUGCGUGCUGGUGUUAAAUUCGAAAGGACGACGUUCGAGCAGUGACAGAUAUAUAUAUAAAGUUUGAUUAAAUGGCUCGCAGCGUCGAGGCGUUCGAGUCCUCGCGGAGGCCCAGACAGUGAGCGAAAGAAGAAGAAGAAGAAGAAGAUCGUCGUGCGUGCGGAGCUGCGUGUGCUUGUGCAGAAAACGGAAGUGUAUAGCAGCAGCAGUGCGGCAGUUUUACAAAGAGGAAGGAAAGUGUCAUGACACUGAGAUCGUCCUCCCCAUGAUGCUAAUGCUCGACGAUGCGUCCAGCAAAGAGCGUACGAGAGCAGCAGUAGCAGUGUAGCCUCGUUGUGUACAUGCAACGUAUACACACAGCUAUAUUUACAUUGCAGAAAGAGAGAGAGAGAAAGAGCAGUCGGAAAAAGAAGCGACAGAAGAGCUCGACCACUGUUUUAAUACACACACAUGCACACGGCAAUAAUGCUAGAUACGCUUACGCUGUGUUGUUCUCACGCAACCUGCAUGCCUGCGUGACCUAAUUUCUAUUCAAAUGAUAGGCUUUCUUGCUGGUUAUCCAUGACUGCUCUGUGAUAAUGAUAUCUAUAUCCAAUAGUUAAGCUCAUUCUUCAACCCCCUAUAUACUUCUGUCUCUCUUCUUGCUGUCUUUGCAAAAAAAUUCCAAGAAAACAGUGACAGUGUUUUCUGGAUCUUAACUCCAACUGAUCUUGAAUCAACCAGUCUCUUCAAAUCUUGCUACUACAUUGCUCAUCAUGUUUACGGGCACAAUCAAAUUGGAGCUUUGCGAAGCUUCCGGGCUCAGGGCCACCGACAAGCAGCGCAAGUUCUGGCAAGAAGAGUCACCCAUAUUAGAUCCUUAUAUACAAGUCGACAUAGAUGAAAAGUAUUUAAACAAGUCAUCUACCAAACCAAAGACCUUUGAUCCAAUAUGGAAUGAAUGUUUUACUCAUGAGGUUCAAAGCGCUUGCUUGCUAGGCCUCACAGUCUUCCACAAUGCUGCGCUGCAGCCUGAUGAUUUUGUCGCCAACUGCAGUAUACCAUUCGAAGAUCUCAUGCAAAGAGAGGAUGAAGCUGCUGACUUAUGGGUUGAUCUCGAGCCACAAGGCAAGUUAAGGAUCAGGAUCGAGCUUCAUCGGAGCAAUGGAGAUCAUCAAUCGGGUCAUGAUGUGGCUGAGACUGAUACUAGCAAGGAGCCGAAACGGGAAUUCAAAGAGCGUCAGCAAGGAUUCAAAGGACGCCGCGGUGCCAUGCGUAGAAGAGUGCAUCAGGUCAAUGGUCAUAAAUUCAUGGCGACUUUCCUCAGACAGCCUACCUUCUGCUCGCAUUGCCGCGAAUUCAUUUGGGGCUUGGGAAAGCAGGGCUAUCAGUGUCAAGUAUGCACAUGCGUCGUGCACAAGAGGUGUCACGAGCAAGUCGUCACAAAAUGCCCGGGAAUGCGCGAAGAAGCGAGAACAUCAGGAUUCAUUGAGGGACUGCAGGGGCCGCGAUUCAACAUCGACGUGCCGCACCGAUUUGUACUGCACAAUUACAAAAGAUUUACUUUUUGCGAUCAUUGCGGGUCGCUUCUGUACGGAUUCAUACGCCAGGGCCUACAAUGCGAGGUUUGCGACAUGAACGUACACAAACGCUGCCAAAAGAAUGUGGCCAACAAUUGCGGUAUCAACAUGAAAGCCAUGGCCGAAGCUCUGAGCAGAAUCGGAAUCUCGCCGGACAAAGCGAGCAAGCCACGAAUCAAUUACAAGCCUUCGACGUCGUCCAACAGUACCAACAGCGACUUUUCCACGUCGUCGGUUGGCCAAGACUCGAACGCGUCGCAACUGACCCAGGCGGGAGAAUCGCCUCACUCGAAGGGUGGCGACGCCUCGAGUAGGCAGGACGAUGGCAUGGUCAAGAUGACCUUGAACGAUUUCAACUUCAUCAAGGUCCUGGGCAAGGGCAGCUUCGGUAAAGUCAUGCUGGCCGAGCGACGAGGCCACCCGGAGGAGGUGUACGCCAUCAAAGUCCUGAAGAAGGACGUCAUCAUCCAGGAGGACGACGUCGACUGCGCGAUGACGGAGAAGCGAAUAUUAGCCCUCGCUGCCAAACAUCCUUUCCUCGCGGCCCUACACAGCUGCUUCCAGACCAAAGACCGACUGUUCUUCGUCACGGAGUACGUGAUCGGCGGCGAUCUGAUGUUUCAAAUUCAGAAGGCUUGCAAGUUCGAGGAGGCCCGAGCCCGUUUCUAUGCUGCCGAAGUGACACUAGCUUUACAAUUUCUCCACAAGCACGGUGUCAUCUACCGUGACUUGAAGCUCGACAAUAUACUGCUCGACGCCGAGGGCCACUGCAAGCUCGCCGACUUCGGCAUGUGCAAGGAGGGAAUACUCGACGGAGCCCUCACCGAAACCUUCUGCGGCACUCCGGAUUACAUAGCCCCGGAGAUACUGCAGGAGCUCAAGUAUGGCGCCAGCGUCGACUGGUGGGCCUUGGGUGUACUCAUGUACGAGAUGAUGGUCGGUCAACCGCCUUUCGAAGCCGACAACGAGGAGGAUCUUUUCGAGUCGAUUUUGCACGACGACGUGCUGUAUCCCGUUUGGCUGAGCGACGAGGCCGUCUCGAUACUCAAGGGCUUUAUGACCAAAAAUCCAGCCAGGCGGCUCGGAUGCGUCGCGGACAACGGCGGCGAAGCGGCCAUCAGAAGCCACGCUUUCUUCCAGCACAUGGAUUGGGAGGCGCUCGAAGCGCGCAAAAUCGUACCUCCGUUCAAACCAAAGAUUAAAAAUAAGAAAGAUGCUGGAAACUUUGACGCUGAAUUUACAAAAGAAGAGCCAGUUCUCACUCCGCUCAACGGAGACAAUAUAAAUCAAGAGGAAUUCAGCGGUUUCUCUUUCACGAACAAAGAAUUCAACCCUAGCAGAUUCGUUCCCCAGUAAAUGAGUAAAGCUAAGAAGAUGGUCAACGAUCAAUUUCGACUCGAGCUAUCGUACAUUAAAUCUACAACAGCGAGAAAGUGAGGAAAAAAACAGAAGCGAUUGUAUCUCGCUACAAUCGCGCUUAAUGAAUCACCCGUGCAAGAGGUGAGCGACAGCAUCCUCUAAGCUCGAGCAAGCUUAGCCCGACUGCCCCUCGGGAAUUUGUUGCUCGUAAAGCGAGUGCAAUAGCCCCCAAAUCGCUUUAAGAUUAUUUACUGCACAAUGACAACAGGAGUGAGAGUAAAUUUUCCUUCAAAAGAAAAACGAAUUAGCCCCCGCGUUCGUGCACAUGCACUUUUUGAACUCUAGUCAAAACGAAUGAACAAAUAUAAACUCGUACGUUAAAGUGAUUUUCACUUUUAAGAUCAAAACUAGCCAGUGGUGUGCGAAAGUCGUUCGUUCCGUAUGCGCGACUACGACGAAACAACAUCCGUGAUUAACAUCCGUACGCUACACAUAAAAUAAAAUAUAUUAUAUACAUAUUAUUUCUGUUUUCCUAAAGAUUUAUGAAGUAGUAAUAUAUAUAUUAUAUAUUAUUGUUACUAAAAUAGCCAAUUGUGUGGCGUAGAUUCGUCACUCGUAAAGAUAAAAACGAAAAAAAGAAGUAAUAACACGAAAAAAAAAAUCAAAGUGAGAAAACACAUACAUACAAAUACAUUCACACAUUUAUACAUCGCUCGCGCGUGUAUAUGAUCUUCGUGAGAGAGGCUUGUAUGCUCAAUCGUAUCACGGUUCAUCGAUGACUGUAUACGGGAGAGAUAGCGCGCGGGCAUCGGUUUUUCUCGCUCUACUUUUUUUAUCCACAAGUUCACGUGCACACAUUCAUAUAGAAUAUAUAUAAAUAUAUACAUACACAAUACGUAUCAUAUGCGUCCAUCCAACCGAGUCUCUUAUGUGUAUACUUUGACCAAAGAGCAGAGACCCGAAUUUUAUUUUUUUAUCUCUUUUCUUUAAAAAAAAGACUAAACAAAUAUUGACCUUGUAACAAAUAUAUUUUCACGAUAAAUGUUGUAUAAACAAUUUGAAAGAAUGACGCGGAAAAGAUAUUAGAGAGAGAGAGAGUGAGAAUGUAUCCAUGCUAUGUCGAUUAUAUUGUUGAUGGUGCUGAAAUGAAUUUUUAUUUGAAAGUAACUGUCGAACUGGUUUUUUUUAUUAUAUAAGUUGUAAACGCGCGAGCCAAUCUGCCGCUCUGAUUUCAACUGUUAGAGAUCGAGUGACUAUUUGAUAAGAAUUAAUUAAUAAAAAUAAUAAAUCACAGACAUUUAGACAUGGAUGCUGUCAUUGCGCGUAUAUAAAUUAAUUAAAUGUCAAAAAAUUAUAAUAAAACGACAGGCCACAGGUGGUCCGUUGAGAAGAAUAUAAUUAUUAUAAGUAUCUUGCUCACUGCAAAAUAUAUAAAGUA